CCACUAGAGGAAAAGUCAUCCUUGAGCCCAUUAUCCUGUGAUGUAGUUGUGGUUGGAGGUGGUAUUUCAGGAUUAUACAUGGCAGAGACACUCAUGCGAAGGAAGAAAGAACAUGACGUGUGUUUGUUUGAAAAAGAUCCAAGGUUCGGAGGAAGAAAUUAUGACGUCGCCUUUAAACAGGCUCAAAACGUCAGCCUAAGUAAGGAACUUCAUUUUUUCUUGAACUUGAUAAAUUCUUAGAAGAUUACUUGAAUAAAACAUAUGAUCAUUAACUAUUGGGGAGGGGAGGGGGUUAGUCUUAUCAUACAACGAAAGGAGUCAUUACUGUGAAGGAUACAGUGUUAUUGAGUGAAUUAACUGGUCACCGCUGAUCAGACAUAUAUGUUUCGAUCGCCAGCCCUUCAUGUUUCAGUGUGUUGUUCAUAUCAAUCGCGCGAGCGAGUAUAUACUUGCUGUACUUGCGAGUACAUGUAUACGGCUUGCGGUUUGUGUGUGCGGUGUUACUCAGUUUAAUCAUUAAUUGAAUGGUGAAGUUACGCUAACAUUAAAACAAAGAAAAAACUUAUUUAUUAACUAUUCAAAUGAAAAGCUUUUGUUGACUCCGUCACACGUCAAAAGCUACAUCCUAUAAAUUUAAAUUUCUUAGUUAGUUAAUAACUCUAUCUGAAACGUUUACUGGCGAAGCCAGCACAGUUCGUAAUGUGUUCAACAGAUUGCACCACACAAAAGUCAAAUCAAGGUAAAAACUAAGGGAAACUCGUGGAUGCAUUUUUUAGAAACUAAAGAGAACAGGGGAACGAUGAAAUAAACUAUUUAUUUCGAAGAUAUAUCCAGCAUAACGCUUUCUCAAACCCUUCACUAAUAACAUCAGACACAAAAGAACAAAGUUUUGGUUGAUUAAAACCAAAUUAAAAUUGUACAGAGUAAUGUUCCAUAGCACUGUUCAAAAGUAAAGUUUGAUCCGAUAUCCAACUAUUGGUGAACGCCUCGUUCCUUCAGGUCCUUUUUUUCCUUAGUGUUUGGAUGUCGGAUGAAACACGUGUUUCACAGAAAAUGUUAUUAAGAAGAAUCGGAUCUCUGCAACUGUAAAAUGGACCCACACCCAAGCGAUCGUUCAUUCUUCAGUAUGUAUUCCUUUAUUAGGUAUGGGAGCUUGGAGAGUAAACACAGCUCACAAGAAAAUGUUGUAAGUUUUCAAAAAUUGCUGCAGUUCUUAAUUUUAUACCUUUUACUUUAUGCCAAAAAUCAACUUUCUAACCUUGAGACUCAAGCUAAAUUAUUAAGAAGAACCUUUUAUGUUUUUUUCUUUUUCAGAAACUUAGCGGAAAGGCUCAAUAUCUCGAUGUUUAAGAUGCCUCCGUUGAGCAUUGAUUAUUUAGAAGGCAGAGGAAUUUAUGCCGACAACCAUCAGUCCUUCAAGGAAAAAGCCUUUCCCACUCUCAUGUCCACUAUCUUUGCUAACAUGACUCCUUCUCAGAUGUUUGCGUUCGCUUGGAGGAACAUGUCCAAAGAGAAAGCUUUAGAGUAUCCGUCUUACCAGGGUUUCCUUUGCCAGCGAGUUGGAAGUGAAGGAUGUGCCUUUUUAAAUCUGAUUUAUGGAAUAAAAAUGAAUUAUAAUAUAGCGAGAAGCACGAUGACUAGAUACGAGAGUAAUAACGGAAUGAAGUUUACAUCUGAAUACGUUAGACCAAGAGGUGGAUUAUCCGAAAUUGUGGAUGCUUUAGCGAAAUCUGUGAAGCGUUUUGGGGUUAGAAUGUACGCAAAGGAAGCUGUGAGCUCAAUCGACAGAGACGGAGAACGAAACACGUUUGUACUCCGUACUGAGCAUUACCUUGUAUCGGCUAAAAAGGUUAUCGUUGCUAUCCCAUUUUUGCCAUUAAAAGAGAUAAACGGUGAUAUCGCCUUUGAAAUAAAAAAUCAUGCUUAUUUCACACAUAUCAUUGGUCAAAAAUGCUUCAAAGCAGUGGCGAUUUACAAGUAUCCUUGGUGGGAAAACGCAACAUCGGUCCAUAACAUGUCGUUGAAGACCUGGAAAAGAUACGUAUCAACUGCUACUUGUUUGGUGAAUAUGAUGCCUUACAGGUAAGCUGAACGAAAAUCAUCCCCCUAUGUAAUUUUACCGGGGACAAAGUAACCUUUUAUGAUCGGAGCCAGAGCAAAAUAUUUUUUAGUUUCAUUGGGAUCUCUGGGUAAGGAGAAACUUACUUUUAUCAAGGCGCAGGGCUCAUCUCAGGGUUUUCAUGAAGCUUACUCUUGCAUAAGAUUAAAACUGACUGGAGGUAUAUUGGCCAUUUAGCUGAUGCUUUGAGACUGGCCAGGUCAACUUUGUGUCCAAUUGGAGGGUUCCCGAUAGGUUUUUUUGGGAUCCAGCGGGAUUUGCCUUAUUUGAGGGCAGAGAUGUUGGAAUUUAAACCAAAGUGGGAGCGCGGUGCUGGCUUGAAAUUAGCUGACUUUUCUUUCCAAAGGUAGUAAAUGUCGCGAAAAAAGUAAAAAAUAAUUUAAAAAAUGCUACUGAAAAAAUGAAAAAUUGCCGAAAAGUUGCCGAGCAAUUUGUGGCUAAGCCUAUUGCCAAGCUCUACCUGGCUGAUAAAGCACUAUCAUUUAAAUGAAGAUAUGAUCGUUGCGGUUGCCAUAGUGAUUUAAGCAAUUGCAAAUUAAGCUCCACCCCCCUUGCCAAAAAACAACAACAACAACAAUAAGGGAUUUUCAAAGAGAUUCAAGCAUAUGGCCUCUGUGUUAGCGCUGAACUACUCCACCAACUGAGAAAGGAAGACCCAUACAUUGGCAGCAGGCCAAUUUGCGACCUCGUCGAUCCCCAAGGCUUUCCGUCCCUCAAUUUUCUAAGGGAAAAGCCAUGCGGACGAAGUUGGCCAGUUUGUUGAGUUCUUCUUAACCCGCGAAAGGAAUAAAACACAGACAGAAUAAAGAUUAUGUGAACCCGGCAAAUAAAGAUAUGACCGAGGCUCACGUCAUCUUCAUUCUAUAUUAGCACUAUCUGUUACUAAUGCCGCAAAUUUCGAAUUGCCAAGUUCGUUUUUCUUUGCAUUUUAGCCGAGGACCUCAAGGUGAAGGAAUCAUUCAACUAAGCUACAAUUAUUUCGACUGCGCAGUGAAAUGGGGCCAGCUUUCCAAAUUACCUAGAGCCACGUUCCUAUCGGAAUUGAAUAAAGCUGUGCAGGCGGUGUUUCCAGGAAUGGUUGUUCCGGAACCACUGGACGUCAAAUUCAAGUACUGGGAAGCGUGCUGGCAAGUAUUAAAUUAAAUCGAUUAUGAAAAAAACUAGAUUCACAGCAACAAGCCCGUAAAAAACUAUGGGUCAAACAGACUGGAAUCAAAGAACGAUUCCCUGCUAGAGAUCUCUCACAACAACAGAAGAAGGAGCCUGAGGAAAGAAGAAGGCCCCCGCCAACCACCGACGCGUGGCCUGCGUGGCUGGCGAAAUUUUUUUUUGCACGUGUGAGGGUUUUGGCGGCGAGGCUGCCAUUCGCACGGACUUUGCCGCGAGAAGCGACCUCCCCCUUCUCCUCACGGCUUUGCUCUGCCAAAAACUUUGCACAUGCUAAAUAACAAUCCCGCAGGCUACCCAGGCCACCGACCGGUUCUGUGCUCAAAACUGACUAAUUUUCAAAACCGUUUAAUGUGCAAUGCGCGUGCCCCUAGACCGCACGCGAUACAUCAAAGACUGCUUGGUUGUCAUUUGCAAAUUUAUUUAAGAAGUUAAACUCUCUUCGCCUGCAUUAAUGCUUGAAAGAAAAGGAGUUUAAAAAUGGGAUGAAUCAGUCUCUCACGCUGUGACACGCCCUAAAGAAAUUUGUAGCCUUAAGACUCCAGCCUGGUCCCAAGAACUUUUCCCUUAGAAAAUGGCCUCUUUUUCUGGGGAAAAAAACUCGAGGGUUACUCCUGGGAAUUUUUCGUGGGCGUAUGCCGCCCGGUUCUCCAAAUCCUGACCCUAUUUCAGGCGAAAAAAUGUCAUUUUUCGCACCAGUUUUCAGACCUGGCCUCUAAGAAAUCAUGUCGUCAUUACUUAGAUUAGAGAGCAACAUAAAAGAUUUCUUAAAAUUCAUUUCGAAUUCGCAUAUUUCUCUUUCUUUCUCACUCAUUUGGAAUUGAAGCUACUAUAAAUACGAUCAUACACUUCCGUAGUUCCCUCGAAAACCAUACCCGAUUCCAGACCGAAAUGGAAAAAGUCUAUACCAGUUUUCAGACAAAAACGGUGCAAAAAACGUAACCUAUAGGGCGGCACAUACCUACAUGGGUUGUAUGAGGGCGUACCUCCCCGGCUAAAAAUUCUCAAAUUCGCUGGUGAUUUUACAUGUUAUGCUGUAUUCAUUUAAAACCUGCGCACUGCAUACCUUAUGAUUCUGUAAGGGGCGGGUGUUAAGGGUGGGGGCGCUUGUCUAAAGAGUGGCGCUGAUUCGAGCAUUUACGUAAUGUUUUAGGCAUUACACAAAGGCAGGAUCUAACGUCAGCCGUCAAGAUACAGAGGAAUGGGCCAAGCGCCCUUUUCCAGGAGAGGAGAUAUACAUCGUCGGUGAAGCGUUUGCGGUGAUCGUGGGAUGGAAUGAAGGAGCCCUCCAAACAGCAUACAAAGCACUAAAGGAAGGAUGGGGAAUAGAUAAGCCAGAACCUUAA